CCUUCUCCGCACGCGCAAUCCCUCUAGUUCUGAGUGUGCUAGCGCGCGUCUUUGUUACGGCACACACAAUACGUUGUACAUGCGCACAGGCACUGUCGAUGAACGAAUGUAGUUUUUGCACUGCGCGUGGUAGAUUUGGUACCUAGUCGGUUGAUUAGAAAUCGUCUUCAUAUCAAGCUUAAUUUGCGGUCAAUUCAGCUGGAACUUGACCUGCAUUGAACUUGUGAGUGUUAUAUGUCAUCUGCUGGGGAAAUGUUAAAAAGAAUACAGUUAGAAAGCCGAGGCAGACAGCCAGAGCAGAUUGAAGAUUUGAUUUUGGAUAAUUGUCGCAGCGCUGGUGAACCAGAAGGACUGACAGAUGAAUUCACAUCCUUAAAAAAACUUUCCAUGAUAAACACUGGCAUAACUUCAUUAAAAGGAUUCCCAGCUUUACCUGCUUUAAAGAAGUUGGAAUUAAGCGACAAUCGUAUUUCUGGAUCUCUUGCCUGUCUCAAAGGUUGCACAUCUCUUACACAUUUAAACCUUAGCGGGAACAAAAUAAAGACAAUUGAGGCACUCCAACCACUGUCUGAGCUUCCACUGCUGACUUUACUGGAUCUCUUUAACUGUGAAGUUACUAAGUUUCCUCGCUACAGAGAAAAUGUCUUUGCACUUCUGCCGAACUUGAAAUAUUUGGAUGGUUUUGAUGCGAACGACACAGAAGCUGUUGAUUCUGAUGAUGAAGAAGGUUCGGGUGAUGAAGAAGAAAACGGAAUCGACGGGAACCAUGUUGAAAAUGGGGAGGAAGAGGACGAUGAAGAUGACGAGGAUCAGGAAGAUGGAGAGGAAGAUGAUGAUGAAGAAGAUGGGGUUCCUGUUAACGAGGAUUCAAGGAAUUCUGUGGAGGAUGAAAGUGAUGCGGGAUCGGAUGAAGAAGAAGAGGAAGUUGGUCUCGCUUACCUAGAUGGUGAUGAUAUUGAAGAUGAAGAUGAUGAUGGGGAUUAUGAUGGGGAGGAAGAAGAGGAGGAAGAAGAAGAUGAUGAUAUUGAUGAGGAGGAACAAGGAGCAGGUGAGAGCUCCCGAGGAGUAAAAAGGAAACAUGAGGAGGAGGAGGAGGAGGGAGGAGAAAAUGAGUGAUAACCACUCACUAGUUCAUGUUUCCUACACAAGGAACUUACGCCACAAGCCCUGUCGAAAAAAACAAUAAUUUCGUUACCCGAUGUAAAUGUACUUCUUGUCAAUUCUCCAGAGCCGUAGAUGCCACACUUUAUCCACAUACUGCGCCACAAGUUGCAGAACUUGUUUAUUUUCUGUUGUCUCGUUCUUAUUCAUGUCAUUGCUUCUGGUGUUGUUAUGACACAACUUUUCGACCGCCAGACAAUCUUUGAGUUUAGAAAUAAGCAACAAAAGUAAAUUAAAGCGACAGUUUUUUUACAAAUUAGGUUCCGAAAAUAGUUAAAUGUCCGAAUGUGUUCAUUCCAUUGUGCAGCACUAAACUUAUUGACAGGCAACACUGCGUUUUUUACAUCUUUCUAAUGUUGGCAAUGCUUCGUUCAAGCGUGUCUCUCUUUUACAUUUUGUCAACAAUUUUUAUAAUACUGAGGAAAAUAAAUGAAGGCGCCCACAAAUU